CCGGAUUCCUUCAGCUUUGCCUUCAAAGUUCAUUAUAUCGUCUGCAAUAUCAUAUUUGAAGCACGAUGGAAUUAGGAAAGAACAGACUAAUCACCGUGCUUAGCAUCGAUGGAGGCGGCGUAAGGGGAAUCAUUCCGGGUGUUAUACUUGCUUACCUUGAAUCCCAGCUUCAGAAAUUGGAUGGCGGAGAUGCAAGACUGGCACACUAUUUUGAUGUGAUUGCAGGAACAAGCACAGGCGGCUUGAUGACUGCCAUGUUAACUGCACCAGAUGAAAAGAAAAGACCUUUAUUUGCAGCCAGAGAUAUCAACAAGUUUUACCUUGACAAUUGCCCGAAAAUCUUCCCACAGAACAGAUGUAAAUUUUUGCGUGCCCUGUGGGGACCAAAGUACGACGGCAAGUAUCUACAUCGCCUAGUUGAGGAAAAACUAGGUGACAAGAAACUGGACCAGACACUAACAAAUGUUGUGAUCCCAACCUUUGACAUCAAGAACCUUCAGCCAACCAUCUUUUCUAGUUUUCAGGUGAAGCAAAACCCAAGCUUAAACGCCAUGCUCUCGGAUAUAUGCAUUGCAACUUCAGCGGCUCCGACCUAUCUCCCGGCUCAUUAUUUCCAAACAAAGGACGUCAACGGCAAAGUGACGAGAGAGUUUAAUCUCAUUGACGGAGGGGUUGCGGCAAAUAAUCCGGCACUGGUUGCCAUUGGCGAAGUGACCAAGGAAAUCAUAGAAGGUAGCCCUGACUUCGUUCCGAUAAAACCUUUGGAAUAUGACCGAUUCUUGGUGAUAUCUUUAGGAACCGGGAACCCAAAAACUCCCAAGUACAGUGCGCAUGAAGCAGCUAAGUGGGGCAUCUUGGGAUGGUUGGCCAGCAAUGGUUCUACCCCUCUGGUUGACGUCUUCAAUCAGGCUGGUGCCGAUAUGGUGCACUUGCAUCUCUCUAUUGUUUUCGAAGCCCUCUCCUCCCAGGAAACUUACCUCCGAAUUCAGGAUGAUACGUUGCAUGGAAAAACAUCUUCUCUCGAUGGAGCCUCACGAAAAAAUCUAAAUGAGCUAGUUGAAAUUGGCGAGAAAUUGUUGAAAAAACCUGUUUCUCGGGUUAACUUGGAUACCGGUACUUAUCAACCUUGCAGCCAUGAGACCAACGCGGAGGCUCUGGAAAGGUUUGCAAAAUUACUGUCCCAGCAGAAGAAGCGCGGGGGCGGAGACAAUGUUACUGAUAAGGCCUAGCGUCCAUUACGCAAAUUGAUUAGUACUUUUGUCAGUUGGAGUCGAGAUCCAUGCGUGCAGGGGCACAUGCACUAGCAGUCAACCAGUCAACCUUACUUUAUUUUAUCUCCUACACUUUUGUUUUCAAGCCCAAAAAUCUUGAAUAACUGUUCUGUGUAUCCGAUAAAUAGUUUCCGGUAAAAGAUUUGUUUCCCAUCAAAUAAAUUUUUAAUUUUUCCGCCAA